AAUUUUGAUUGACCCAUUAUCGAAUCAGGUGGAAAGUCUCCCGUUCCAUGGCAUCCACGUCUCAUCUUAUCCUGCCCACCGCCGUUCGCGCCGACUUCUCUCGCCGCCGGGAAGGGCCUCUGCGCCUUCCCGCCACCAUACGGAAUUUCCCUUCUCCUCGGCGCCUUCUUCCAAAUCCUCUUCGAGCAUCUCCUCCUACACUCGCCGCUGCCUCUACCUCCUCUUCCCUGAAAGCCCUAAUCUUCGACUGCGACGGCGUCAUCCUUGAAUCGGAGCACCUCCACCGGCAGGCGUACAACGAAGCCUUCGCCCAUUUCUCCGUCCGAUGCCCCGUCUCCUCGCCGAAGCCUCUUUACUGGGAUUCCGAUUUCUAUGAUGAGCUACAGAAUCGAAUUGGUGGAGGGAAACCUAAGAUGAGAUGGUAUUUCAAGGAGAAUGGAUGGCCUUCUUCUUCGAUCUACGCGCAGCCUCCUUUGACGGAUUCGGACAGGGAAACAUUAAUCGACGUGAUCCAGGAUUGGAAAACAGAAAGGUACAAGGAAAUAAUCAAAUCUGGAGCUGUUGAGCCUAGGCCUGGUGUUCUUAGAUUGAUGGAUGAUGCUAAGGGUGCGGGUAUCAAGGUUGCAGUUUGUUCUGCAGCAACAAAAAGUUCUGUCGUUCUAUGUUUGGAGAAUCUUCUUGGAUUAGAACGCUUCCAUGGUCUUGAUUGCUUCCUCGCAGGUGAUGAUGUGAAAGAAAAGAAGCCCAGCCCAUUAAUUUAUUUGACAGCUUCAGAGAAGCUCGGUGUGUCUGGAGGAAAUUGCUUGGUAGUGGAGGAUAGUGUCAUUGGGUUGCAGGCAGCAACUGGAGCUGGAAUGCCCUGUAUAGUAACUUACACAUCAUCAACUGCUAACCAGGAUUUCAAAGAGGCCAUUGCAACAUAUUCUGACUUGAGAAAUGUCAGGCUGCAAGAUCUCGAGCUAUUACUUCAAAAAUCUUUGCUGGCCACCUAAUACAUAGUGUGACAGAUUGUACAAUUAUGUCUCUAACUAGAGCAAAUAAUGUUUGUUCAAGAAUUUUACUCAAACAAUCUAUUGAUUAUGUAUUUCUCCUCAGUCCGGGCAAAUAAGCAUUUUGUCAUCUACUUCUGAACAUUUACUGACUUGAGAGUUGAAGUUUGUUUUUUCCUUCUUUCUUUUGAUUA